CAUCCGCAACGUGACGUCAUCAAGAGAAGAUAAACAUGGCCGACAGCGAGUGCUAGAUGGCGAAAGUUAGCGAAAAGCGUUGGUAAAAUUUAAGAACCUCUUAGUCUUUGCGGCAGGUAUUUGAACGUUGGUGUGCAUGUUAGCUGCAUUAUUAUAUUUGGAUAAAUCUCACCCAUGAAUUGGAGGUUUAAAUUGAGUGUGUUCGUCCGUAAAGACUUUACUAAACCGGACAUUAGCCCACAGUGUUAGCCACGUUAGCAGCCGGAGUAGCGCCUGCUUUUGUUUUUGUUUUGUCAACAUUAUGUGCUAGAGGGCUGACAUUGCGAAGCCUUUUUAUUUCGCAUUUUUCUAUAAUUGUUUUUCUGAACUGGACUGUGGCUUGUUAGGGGCAUUGACUCCGGAGCUUUUUGUUUUGUAUUGCGGGUGGGGGCCAGCCCGUCUGCAGCGUGUUGUCAGUGUUUUUCAUUUAAAGCCAGCCUCCCAACAAAGCCAUACUUUUCGGACACAUUGCUUUAAACUGCUGGAUUGUACCUGUUGAUUAACAUUACGCCCAGCAACAUGGAUCCAAAACGCGGGCACGGCAAAUCUCAAAGAAGCGGCGGCGGAAGCAGCAGCGACUCCAGCUGCGGCAGCCCCGCGUCCCCCUCCAGCAGCCCCGCACCGGCGGCAAGCAAAGCCUCGAUGCCGGGGGGCAACGUGUUCGCUAACGACGGCAGCUUCAUGGAGAUGUUUAAGAAGAAGAUGGAGGAAGAGACGAGGAAAAAGGAGACGCAGCACACAAGUGGAGAAUCGAGAGACACCGAGCAAGGACAGACAUCAGUGGAAAAGAAGCCCCCUCCCGUGACGAGCUUUGUGGGGAAGCGCAGAGGCGGUGUGUUCCUAAAGACCGGCAUGGUUGCGAAGAAGCAGAAAGACGAGAUAAGAGAGCCAGGCAAGAGCGAUGCUUGGUCAUCGUAUAUGGCUGAGGUAAAAAAGUACAAAGCCCACCAGUGUGGUGACGACGAUAAAACCAGGCCUCUGGUCAAGUAGGCGCCAAAAGGCAAACAUCAAGCGACAGUAUUUUGAGGGGACAACCAUCUGGGAGAAGCUCCGGGAGGGCCGGCUAAUCCUGACCUUCUCAUACUGCCAGUUCAAGUCACCCGUCACAUCAAGUCUUUCAUAAACUGUUUAGACUGUCAGGCCUUUUUCUCCCUUUUUUUGUAUUGUUUCUGACAUGCUUGUUAUUUGUUGGACUCUGGUAAUCUGAUGUCAAAGGUUUUUCAGAAUCUUGCCGUUCAUUAUUGUUAAAUGUUUUCAAAUGUGUCAUGUCUGGGUUAAGUUAGGGCAUCAUUAAUACGUUGGAUUUGAUUUAAUAACCAAAUCAAGGUUUCAAUUAAAUCUACACUGCCCAUUAA